AAGAGAGCUUUUCCCAUGAACCAACAAGUCAUUUUAGGUUUAAGUUCACAUUCACCUAAUUAAAAAAAGUCAUACUGAAUACUGAUUUGUGGUCGGUCAAUGAUGAAAAGAGAAAGAAAUGAACCCAACAAUUUCCUCUCAAGUUCUCAGUAAAAGUCAUCUCAAAAACCCAACAGUCUGGAGUACACAAACAAGGAAAAUGUGCUAAUUUGCGAGAAAGUUUUUGGUUUCUUUUAUAGUGGGUCUCGUCAAUGUCAAUGAAUAUUUUUCCAUUGUACAAUCUGCAAAUGCCCAUUAUAUAAUUGGGUUCCUACAAUAUAUACACCAUCACAAUUCAUACCCACAAGCUCACAGAAACCAAGAGAUAAAAAUAAUGGAGAAGGCAAUUAACAGGCAGAGAGUGCUUCUUCAGCACCUUAACCCUACUUUUUCCCAACUCCAUGAUUCUACCAUUUCUUCUUCGGUUUGUUCCUCUGGAGAUGAUGGGUCUCAUCAAAGAAAUGCAUCUUUUGGAGAUGAUGUUGUAAUUGUUGCUGCUUGUCGAACUGCGAUAUGUAAAUCAAAACGCGGUGGUUUCAAAGACACACUCGCUGAUGAUCUACUUGCUCCUGUCUUAAAGGCAUUGAUAGAUAAAACAAAUGUAAACCCUUGUGAGGUUGGAGAUAUUGUGGUAGGUACAGUAUUGCCCCCAGGUUCAGAACGAGCAAUAGAAUGCAGGAUGGCCACAUUCUAUGCUGGGUUUCCAGACACAGUUCCUGUAAGAACUGUGAACAGGCAGUGUUCAUCUGGUCUUCAAGCAGUUGCUGAUGUAGCUGCUUGUAUAAAGGCAGGAUUUUAUGACAUAGGAAUAGGUGCUGGAGUUGAGUCAAUGACGAUUGAUCGUGUUGAUAGGCCUCGGAAAAUUAACCCAAAAGUCGAGACCUUUGCGCAAGCAAAAGAUUGCCUUCUUCCCAUGGGUAUAACCUCAGAGAAUGUCGCAGAACGUUAUGGUGUGACACGGCAAGAGCAAGACGAGGCUGCGGUGGAAUCUCAUCGACGAGCUGCAGCAGCCACUGCUUCCGGAAAAUUCAAGGAAGAAAUUGUUCCGGUUUCAACCAAGAUCGUCGAUCCAAAAACUGGAGAAGAAAAACAUGUAACGAUCUCUGUUGAUGAUGGAAUUCGACCAAACAGUAACAUGGUGGAUUUGGCAAAACUAAAGCCUUCUUUUAAAAAGGAUGGUUCCUCAACAGCUGGUAAUUCUAGCCAAGUGAGUGAUGGAGCUGGAGCAGUCCUCCUCAUGAAGAGGAGUUUAGCAAUGAAGAAAGGGCUUCCAAUUCUUGGUGUAUUCAGGAGCUUUGCUGCUGUUGGUGUGGAUCCUGCUGUUAUGGGAAUCGGCCCAGCUUUUGCGAUUCCUGCUGCUGUGAAGUCUGCUGGGCUUAAGCUUGAUGACAUUGACUUGUUUGAGAUAAAUGAGGCGUUUGCGUCACAGUAUGUAUACUGUCGUAAACAGCUGAACCUUGAUCCAGCCAAAGUUAAUGUUAACGGAGGAGCAAUUGCCCUUGGACAUCCUUUGGGAGCUACAGGUGCCCGAUGUGUAGCUACGUUACUACAUGAAAUGAGACGUCAAGGAAGAGAUUGCCGAUUUGGAGUCAUUUCAAUGUGUAUAGGCAGUGGCAUGGGUGCUGCAGCUGUUUUUGAAAGAGGUGAUUGUGUUGACGGAUUGACUAACGCUUGUGUUGCUCGGAUGAACAAUUAGUCGACUUUUUUCGCAACCUAAGAUCGAGUGUUCAAUAAAACCCUUAGCUGAAUUAGAGACUGGUUUAGCAUAUUGUAGUUCUUUCUUUACCUUCAGAAAUUGUAAAAUCAAACUCAUUUCCUUUUUCCAUCUUCAAUUAUUUUUUUACAAGUAAUCAUAGAAAUCAUGUAAUUGCCUCUAUUUCUAAUCGAUGAUGAAAAAAUAUUAAGUUUAUAUAAAUUUAUGUGGGGAUAAAA